UUUCUGCAGUCAGACUGUGUUGUGAGACGUCUGUAAACAUCAGCAGAAUUAGAAAGACUAAUCAAGAGAUUUUUAAUCAUGGGCUCGGGUGUCGCGACAAAGAGUUUUGCUCUGCUUUGUUUUUUGUUCCUCUGCGGGACUUCUCCUUCACUUCAAGCAGAAAAACACUCCCUGUAUUACAUUUACACGGCCUUGUCCAAACCUCUUGAUCUGCCGGGCAUCCAUGAAUUCACUGCUAUGGGUCUGCUAGAUGACAGACAGAUUGACUAUUAUAAUAGCAAGGAAAAGAGAAAGAUUCCCACACAGCACUGGAUGAAAGAGAAAAUGCAGGAGGAUUACUGGGAAAAAGGCACCCAGUCCAGAAAGAGCAAAGAACAGUGGUUUAAUGUGAACGUCAACAUUCUGAUGGGCCGUAUGAAAGACAAUGAUUCAGAUGUUCAUGUGCUUCAGUGGAGACAUGGUUGUGAAGUUGAUGGAAAUGAGUUUUCCAGAGGCAUUGAUGAGUACAGCUAUGAUGGCGAGAACUUUCUGUCUUUUAAUGAUAAGGAUUCUCAGUGGGUUGCCCCUGUUAAAGAGGCUCUUCCAACCAAGAGGAAAUGGGAUGAUGUGCCCAUCCUAAACCAGUACACCAAGGGCUACCUGGAGAAAGAGUGUGUGGACUGGCUCAACAAAUUCAGAGAAUAUGGAGACGAGGAACUCAGAAAUGGCUCUCCUCCAGAUGUUUAUGUGUCUGCAAAAAAGUCUACCAGUGACAAAAGUAAGCUGAAACUCAGCUGUCUGGCCACUGGCUUCUACCCCAAAGACGUCAUGUUGACGAUAAGGAAAUAUCGCACAUCCCUGCCUGAUAAUGAGGUUGAAUCCACAGGAGUCAGACCAAACAAUGAUGGAACCUUCCAGCUGAGGAAAAGUGUGGACAUCGAGGAGGAUGAAAAAGCUGAAUAUGACUGUUUUGUGUCCCACAGUACUCUCAAAGGAGGACCAAUUAUCAAGAAAUGGGAUGGAAAAUGCAAAGACUGUAAUGAAGGCUCUUUUAUGGUUAUUGGAAUUGCGAUUGGAGCUGGAGCUGUAGCAGCUGUUGUUCUUGGGAUCUGCGUUUACCUUUUUAAGACUAAAAGAAUUGUUUUCAGACAACAGAAACAAACAAAGGAAGUACCACAAAAUGAAAAUGCUAAUGAAACAAACCAAAAGCUUCUCCCAGGAGCCAACGGAGCUGUCUAAUGGAAGACGCUGUCCAAAGUAGUAGUAACAUGCCGUAUGUGUGUCAGAACAAUUUCUUUUUGUGCCACAGAAAACAGAAAAUUACCUGAGGAUAAGGAUCUCACAUCUAUGCUCAUUUUUCUGCAGAGUUCCCACACAUCCUGGAAAAGUCUGGUUGUCCUGGAAAACUAGUCCCCCUAGUUUUAUUCAGUUCUGAGCGAUAUAGGAUGUCAUAAUGAGACGCUGACAUGAUGCACCGUGAAUUACACAAUCAGAGAUUCAUUCACUUCUCGCGCAGCACAAACUAGUGUUGUGAACACGAGGUGCAGGCAAAUGUGAUUUUGAUUUUCUGCAAGUUCACUAAAUAAGUUAAUACAAGUCACUUACAUUUUGGAAGAAAUAUUGUUUGACCAACAAAAAUAGUUCCAAACAAAACUGGAGCAGAACGUUUCUUCUCAACACAGUGGUGUUUCAGAAUGAAUCUAUAAUUUUUAACAAAUCAUUUGAGGAAGUGAUUCAAUGACCCAUUCAUAAAAGACCAUCAUUUGCUUAGUUCAUAGAUGAAUGAGCUUUUUGAACAAAUCGAUUGAAAGAUUGACUCUAAUAUCUUUCCAUCCACCUAUUUUUAUUUGCAUUUUGGAGUAUUGCAUAAGGAUAACGCUGAAUGGAAAUGCAAAGAUUGCACAUAAAUUCAAAAAAUGUGCAUAAAAACGUAUGCCUUCAAAUGGGAUAAAAUUUUUUAUGUUAUACGAAAACAUACACAAACUGUGAUGGAAACGCUUGAUGCGCAUCAAAAAAGACAUGUGACUUUGCAAUGGGAUGGCAACUGGAUCAACCAACGAUCUCGUUGCACAGCAUCUGAAAUGCCUGAGCAAAGUCUAUCGUUAAAGUGGUUUGGUUUAAUUAACCUCCCAGAAGCGUUCACAAAAACCAGGCAUCUGAAUGCAAUAUCAGUGUAUCCGCAGUAUCAGUGUAUAUUGUAUUUCAGCUGCAUGCUCUGAGUUGCAAAUAAUUUAUUAUAUAUGAAAAUUAUUAUAUACAGUGGCUUCUAAUGCAACAGCUUCCAUUUUUCUUAGUGAUGAUAUUUAGUGCCAGUGUAUCAGGAAAUGACAAAUAUAUAUAUAUAUAUAUAUAAUAAUUAUAUAUAUAUAUAUAUAUAUAUAAAUUAUUAUAUAUAUAUAAUUAUAUAUAUUAUAUAAAAAAUAUAGAAAGUGUGCUUUACAAAAAGGAAAAGACAAAGUAAGACUUCUGGAAAGAGGAAUAUAACUUUAGGCCAUGAAUCUAUCAUUGUCUUUUAUUCCUGUCAUAAUGAAAUUUGAAAUGUUUGAGCUUCAUGCUGAUUUAGGUCAAAGUAUGAAUUUGUCAAAAUAAGUGUGUUGUGCUUAUGUUUUGAAAAAUGAUGUUACAGUGUUAUUCUAAUAAACCACUUUGGUUGCCUAACAAUUGUUUAUUGGAAGAUUUGAAUUGGUUGACUAUAGCUUUAUUUUUCCUUCUGUAUUUGUAGUUUUAUUUAUUCAUGAUGCAAUAAAGCACAAUUGAUCAUGUCA